CAAUUCCCCUACCUGAAAUCAUCGAAACACAUUUAUUAUACUAAUCUACAUUUAACUUUAAAGUUAUAGAAUUACAACAAUUCGCGGGUGCUGAAUUUUCCCCCCAAAUUGAAUUCUCCAGCUACAGUUUUCUCUUGCAGGUUUAGAUCUUCGAUGAAAGAUGGCUUGCCAGGCCGUACAAAUGUGGAGCCUGAGUAAUCUGGCGGCAGCGUAUCUUGAUCUGGCAAUAGCAUAUAUACUUCUGUUUGCAUCGGUUGUUGCUUACGUGGCAUCGAAAUUUCUGGGAUUUUUGGGGUUGAAUUUGCCGUGCCCUUGUAAUGGGAUGUUUUUCAACAUCCACAGCAGAAACAUCUGUUUGAACAGCCUUCUCGUCGAUUUUCCGACUCAGAAAGUAUCGAAUGUUCAGCUGUCGAUCAAGCAUCGGUUCCCGUUCAGCGAUUCCACGUGUCCGAAAAACCACGAUUACAGUAUUAUUGGUGGUGGUAAUAGUAAUGUGAAUGGGGUUCUUGAAAUCGAAGGGGAUGCAUCGUGUAGCUCGGUGUCGGAUGCGAGGAAGCCGGUUGAUAUGAAGGGGAAGGGGGCGGUUAGUUAUAGGCAGAGGGGGCGGUUUCGCAAGCAUCGGAAAGCGAGUGGCAGUAUUGGUAAAUAUUCGUCGGUUUCGUCUUAUGAUCUUCCACUGCACGAACCUUAUUGUCAUUCUAGCACCGACAAGGGGGAAAACGGAUUUACCAAUGGAGAUGAUAGUAAACCCUCCACUACUCUCGAAACGAAUCGUUCGUCCGAUGAAGAAACACACGUAAAGCGAAGCACACACGAAGAGCUUCAAAUUUCCAGCUUGGACGAUAAAACCGCGAUAAGGCUCUUGGAAGAAACCCUAGAAGAAGAACGCACCGCUCGUGCCGCCCUCUACACCGAGCUGGAGAAGGAGCGGAGUGCCGCCGCCUCUGCCGCCGACGAGGCGAUGGCGAUGAUCCUCCGCCUGCAGGCGGAAAAAGCCGCCGUCGAAAUGGAAGCCCGACAGUACCAGAGAAUGAUCGAAGAGAAAUCCGCUUACGAUGCUGAAGAAAUGAAUAUUCUCAAGGAGAUUCUCGUCAGGAGAGAAAUGGAGAAGCACUUUCUGGAGAAGCAAGUCGAAGGGUAUAAUAGUCAUUUUGAAGUCGAUUCUUCGGACAAGAGCGACGGCAGGCAGAGUUUCGGCUCUUCUUGGUUCGACCCGAACGAGGACCCCGUUUCGAUCCUCCACCAACUUGCUGAAGCGACCGACAAGAAGGAGAUUGCAUCGGUCGAUAACAGUACCCGCCCCCAGGAAUGCGAGGAAAUUACGCCUUUGCCACUGGGUGGUCGAGUUCAAGAAAUCGGCGAAAAUUUGGUGGUCGAAAAAAUUAUCGGGACUUGUAAUGAAGCCGAGACGAAAAGGGCGAACGGGCUCCCACCGAUCGGUCCGUCGAGGCGUAAUUCGUUGUCUUCGGUGAAUAGCGAAAUGAUGAAAAUCGACAGUGAGGUAAUAAGACUUAGAGAGAGAUUGAAGCUCGUUAGGGAGGAGAGAGAGAAAGUUAGUGUCUCUGUGGGGAAUCGGGAGAGAGAAAAUGUGCAGUUGAAGCUUCUGGAGGAUAUUGCGCGUCAGAUUCAGGAGAUUCGGCAGUUGAAUACGCCUGGACGAGCUGUACGACAGGCUUCUCUACCCCUUCCUAAUUCUAAGGGUUUGUCGAAGAAAAGGAGAAGCAGAAGCGUUUCGUCAGGAUUCCAGAGGAUCUCCCAAGGAUGAAAUGUGCUGCGUAUAUUUCAUCAUAUAAAAUCAAGAAUCUAAAGAAGGUGCUAUAUAUAUACACGAUCGAGAAGUUUCGAAGUUGUUCAAGUGUUCGUUUUGGAUCGGAGUUAGAUACGCAUUCUCCCUUUGCAAUUAUAUCAUGGUGUGUGUGUGUGUGUGUGUGUGAUAUAUAUAUAUAGCUCACUAGGUUGGUGUUGUAUAGGCGUACAUUUUGUAUAUAUGUCAUAAGCAAGUUUAUGUUGAUGAACAUUUUUCUUCAUAUUUGCUACUCCAAUUAUGCGUAAUGGCAAACAGAGAGGGGGCAAAAUAAUUGGUGCCAUUGUUUAUAUAUGCCGGGUGAGUUUUAAC